GGCCAAUGCUAAAGAAAGAAAUUCAUGGAACCACUGCACGCAACGUUGUAAUUCUUUAAAUUUUAAUUUGUGGCGUAAAGAUUGAUUUACAGAUAUUUGAGUAAAAUGUAGUUAGAUUUUAGCAAUAUUUUAGUUCCUACAAGUGGCGCCUAGGCGGUCGCGGAAACAAAUAGGAAAGAAGUGGCGAAGUCUGGCGAAGUCGUGGAGAGAAGGGUUGGAGUCUGUUUGGAGAUUGUCCGUGAGUGAGACCGUGGAGAGUUCAAGGCAGUCGAGAGUGCCGAGGAACAUUUUGUAAACAUACUCAAUGCGCGAUUGCUCCGGGCACUGCUUAUUCCACUAAACGGAGACCGCAGCCAUGUCUACCGAGGACAGGUUUCAUGCAGCUGUCGAAGUGAUCAGAGGACUUCCCAAGAACGGUUCCUUCCAGCCCUCCCAUGACCUCCAGCUCAAGUUCUAUGCAUACUACAAGCAGGCAACUCAGGGCUCUGUUGCAGAGUGCAAGGUUCCAAAGCCCAGGUUUUGGGACAUCAUUGGUAAUGCAAAAUGGGAUGCCUGGAUGCGACUGGGAGACAUGUCGAAGGAGGAGGCCAUGCAGAAAUACGUUGAGGAGCUUGUAAAGAUUGUGGAAGCCAUGUCUUAUACGGACAAUGUGGCCAAGUUUAUGGAUUUGCUGGGCCCUCUGUUUGACAUGACGCCGUCGGAGGCUGCGCUGUUGCAGACAAAGCUGAACGGCAACCGAGAGUCCGAGGAUGACAUAGAAACUCUCGAAGUUCCCAGCCAGGAAGAGCCCGUUUACGGAAGGGCUGACAAGAGGCCCGAAGAAAAGGCGGAGAGGAAAGCGAGCGUUUCUGGAGGCCUCAACGGUCAUCCAUCCAACUUCGACAGUGAAGAGGACGAAUUCUCGGAUACGUACGACCACAUGGGCGACGAGGACGAUGAGAGUGGGUCCCCACAGCCUCGGGAGGAUUCGACCAUGCUGGACGAUGCAGUCACGGAGGCACUCCGAAGCGGCACAGACCGCGUGCUGGUGCAGGACUCGGAGAGCCAGUUGUGGGCGUUCUACGCGGAUAGCGGCGGCAAGCCCCCCAACGGGGACCUGGCCAACGUGCGGGGAGGGGGCGACGACCCCCAGCGGAAGGCGGGGCCCCUGCCCAAGGGUGGCCUGGGAGGUACGGGGAGGUACCCCAGGGGAUACCGCAGGAGGGAGGGUGAUCUCGGAGCAGACGGUCUCCCACCGGACGGCCGUCACGUCGGGCCGAGGGGCUACCCUGGCGGCAUGGGCGGCAGUGGCGGCAGCGGGCGUGGCCACCACAGGCUGCCCCUGGAAGUGAGCGAGCAGCUGGCAGUGGCUGUGCUGCGUCUGCAGCAGACGAUGGACGAGGUCGUGGCACGCCUGGAGGUGCUCGAGACGCUGCUUCAACACUCCAAGUCACGGCAAAACCAACGCUGGUGGCUCUUUGGUGGGGUCGCUCCUCACCUGCUUCUUCUCCUCUUGGCCUGGCCCGUGGUCUUCCAGCUCUGCCUGUACCUCGUCAGCAGACGCAGGCUGAGGCAACUCAGAUGAGCACUGACAUGGAGCUAGGAGCAGGCACUCCGUUCUGCCGGCGCAUCUUUCGGAUCGCAAGAGCGGAAGGAAGGACGGCUUCCUCACUAAAAGAGGGCACAGUCACGACCGCACAUUGGUGGAACUUGCGAGAGACCGGUUGCGGUUUGCACUGUUGCAAGUUCUUCCCGGUUUGCCGCAGCAGGCGUUUGCAGCCUCUUGCGAGUUUGUGCAAUUAUAGCGAGUUUUUAUUGUACCUCGCCGUUGUCUCGUUUUUCAAGAGUCUGCGGCCUGCGCUUGAUGAGCGUCGGUACCUCUCGGAACCGAGAAUUGCGAUACGGGACCACCAGAGAAGCUGGGGGUUGUUUCCUAGAGCCACUAAAUGAGCUACGUUUAGGAGCAUCGGUACUCCGUUCCCCGGUUCUCUCGAGGGCACCGCCAUUUCGGUGCUUAGUACAGAGCGGGUGCAAUUGGAGAUUGUUACGAUACGAAAAUGCAAUUUCCUCAACUUUAGACAAAGUGUUGGGAAGCUCGGGUGACGUCAUUUUUCGCGGACGGUUUUUAAAUUCCUGGAGGACGAACGACCAUUUCCUGCUAUAUCGGAUAAAGCUUCGGGCAACUGGCACCAAGAUGGCCGAAGUGCUGCUACUCUGACAUGUAGCUUACGGAGUGGCACUGGUAAUUCUGACGUCCACGUGGGACGCGUCGUCGAGUGUGGUUGUCAAGUGUCGCGGCAAAAUGAAUUUGAAAACUUGUUUUAUUAUUUGGAUUGAAAUAUAGCGAACAAAUUGUUUUGCUUCUCAUUUUGAUAGCAAAGUUUCUGUAUUUAGCUUGGCUGUAAUAAAAGCGUUAACUUUCCAGGUACCCAGAGCGCGAGUCAUAUUUUGUCCGAUAUACUUACGCCUGUUGCGUUAAUGUGCUCAUCUACACCUGUGCAAUGCUGGCCCUCCCGAACUAACUCUACGACCAAGUUUGGAGGCUACCGAAAUCUGACGAGGACGAUUUUAGUGUCUCGAGGUUGUUUGGCCGCUCAUGUUUCAGUUGUUGAUCUUCGCGCUGUAUUCCCACCCGGGAGUUUUGUGCAGUGUUGUGGGACAUGUGGCUUGUGAAAGCAGUGUGAUCAGAUAGUAGUGCACACAGUGUACGAUGUGGGAGUGUAUCUAGAUGGAACCACAAUUGUGCAAGGUCUCCCGACCACGGCGAUCAAUUGGUGUUCAUUGCGAGGUGCAGCCGUCCUUAAAUUUGCUGGGAAAAAGUAUGCGAAGUAAAGUCCCGCUUAUGAAGUUACAAAUUACCGGUGAUAGUACAAUGCAUCUAGAAACUGCCCGCAAUGAUAGACUCAUGUUCAGAAAAUAACUUGCGCCAUGCCGUUAUACCUGCUUGCCUUCGAUAAUGUGUGCAUCCCUCGGGUUAAUGUAGAUUCAGGCAGCCCGGAAGUAUAGACUGUUCUGUCUACCGCGUUUGUGCAACUCUUUCGUGAUUGAAAUCGGCUUGCAUCCACUAAAAAGCUCAGGCCAAGCGCAACUUGUGACAACAAUUUCCACGAUAUAUAACACAACGGCAGCAAGCACACUCAUCUCUUGAAAAAAAGUUUACUUGUGGAUCAGCAGCCAGUCAAUUUCAGUUUCACAAGUGUGCAGUUGCAGGAGUAUGCGAGACAGGCCAAAAACAUUUUUUCACCAAGUCUGGAAAGCAACUUCUUGCACCACAGAGAAAAAAAAAAAGAAAAAAAAGCUUGGUUGUUAUUAGGGUUUUUUCAAUGUUUAAAAUGUGGGAGGUGAACGAUACUGGUGAGAGUACAUCAAUGUUAUGUAUAUUUUUAAUUGACAGCUUAAUAAAGUUUUUAUUAAACACUGAA